AUGACAAUUUGGCUCAGUGCUAUUCUGGGCUUCUCAGCACUUUCCCUGGUGCUACUCUUUCGGUUGUUCUUCACUCUCCCUGCGACCAGGUUCAAGAAGCCCGCGUCACGGAAACCUAGCGCUACCUGCAGCCUUGCGGUCUUCCUCGGCUCUGGCGGCCACACCAGUGAAGCGCUUGCCCUGUUGAAGGGAGUUGAUCUCCAACGAUACCAGCCACGACAUUAUUUCGUCAGUGAAGGUGACAACCUCAGUGUCAAGCAGGUUGUCCAAUUUGAGCAGUCGAGGGCAAACAAUUCUAGCUCCCAAUACCGAGUUACAACAAUACCUCGUGCUCGCCGUGUUCAUCAGCCUCUGAUUACCACCCCCUUGACCGCCCUAAUCUCUACUUAUGCAUGUGUAUAUUACUUCAUGGUCGAACCAUUCUUCCAUAAGAAGUGCCCGUUCCCCGAGGUACUCAUAAUGAACGGACCUGGUACCUGCUUCAUUCUCUGUGUUGCAGUAUACUGGAACAAGCUCUUGGGGCUACCAGCUCCAACCACAAUCUAUGUCGAAUCGUUCACCCGCGUGAAAGGUCUCUCAUUAACCGGCAAGCUGAUUCGACCUAUGGUCGACAGGUCAGUUCGUCUUAAUCUCGCAAGUAGACGUUCUCAUGCAAUGGAAUUUACCUAG